AUGGUAUCUCCUGAAGCACUCCAGGUUUCCCUUCGAAAACGUGAUGGUACACACUGGGAGAUGCUCGACUGUGAGAACACCAAAUCAGAAGAGAGCCAGAUCGUCUGGAUGUUUUGUAACGACGAUUCUCCUAAUUCAAACUGUAAUAAGAUUUACCUUGGCCACGGUGUCCCUGGUACCAUUUUAGAUAUGCCCAAUGGAUGUAGCCCUGGACCAUAUGCGGUUGCUGUGAACAUGGUGCCUUCCAAGAACCAGGUUCCGCGCGAUCUUGGCGACACUCAAUGGCGACUUGAUUAUAGCAAUGAAGAAGGUUAUUGGGAUACCGUUGUCGACUCACCGGGAAUGAGACGUCGCAAGCGAUCAUUCGAAGAGCAAAGAGGCAAUCACCGGGAAUUCCUUGAAGAGUCUUGGCAUGCAGAUUUGAGUGACCACCGCUCCGGUCUUCUUACUCGCGAUGAGCUUCAUGCCCGGUGGUUCGGCAGUGAUGCUAUUGCCUGGCUGAAGCAACUGUUUACAGUCGAAGUCAGUACGUCCCCUAUUACGCACUCUGUUUCCGAGACAUUGAACGUUAUCCUUCUGGAUGAAACAUACCAAUGCACUAUUAGUGACGUAGACGUCUCUGCAAAGCUCCUUGUCGAAGCCCAGACUAGUGUUGACAUCGAUACUUCAUUCGGACUCACAAUGAUUGCUACACUAGGUAUCAAAGUGGAUCUCAGUGGAUCUUAUCUAUGGUUUAAGAACUCGGGCACUGUAGAGGCUCUCUUCAUGAUUGAUGCACUCGUCAGUGCCCAGUACGACACUGGAGAUGUUGAGCUGUUUGGCCUUGAGAACUUUGGUGCUACGUUUGCUAUACCGGGAAUCGUCACUGUAGGACCCAAUUUCAAGCUUGGUCAAUUCGAAGCACACGUCGCGCUGGCAGAUUGGGACACGCAACUCGCAUUCCCGGAUCAAGAGAGCGACGCUGAUCCUAAAAGCACCGAUAGUCCCGGCACUAAUGGAACACAGGAAGUUAGCAAGCCAACAAUUGACUGGAGCGUUAAUACUAAUGGUCAGAUUACAGCACACGUCAAACCGGUAGCCAGCUUUGGAAUUGACUUUAACUCCAAUUUUAUUAGUCUUCCGUCGACGACUAUUAACCUUGUAGCCGAUGGUUGGGUAACAGCCUAUGCUUCCGCCGUUUACAGUCCCACUGACGCAGACUUUUGUUACGGAGCCAAUGUAGGUGCCUCACUUUACGUUUCCCUCGACGUGCCACCGCCUCUGCAAUGGGCAUUGCCGGGUGGGGUUUCACAAUACCCCUUAUGGUCAUCACCCCAGUAUGCCAUUAUUGAACCAACGUGCUCGGCGACCGAACCGAACACCACUAGUCACACAAAACGAGACUUACUCGACGAAGAAAGCUAUGGAUCCGCCGCAGACUUCCCUUAUAACAGGGAAUCGCGAUUGAAUGAAAGGAGUGUGACUGUCGGGCCGUUAUUGCGUACCGACUCGACGCUGGCAUCAAAGAGAUGGAAGUAUGCAGCACUCAAAAUGCGACAAAGCGACGACGACGACGACACCGGCGAAAGUUGCGUAGCCUCGUACCCAUCUCCUAAUGAUGACCAAGUCGCGUGUACUUACGCUUCCUAUUCGGCAAAGAGAUAUCUCGAGGAGUCCGGCAACGGUUGGUCCUGGCCGAUUACUGACUGGCUCCAAGGCACUCCGACAGAAAAUGCCUUGGAGAAGCGUCUCACGCCAAAGACGGCGAUGGCUACUCUAAAUUCAGACCUUUAUACCAUUGAGAUAGGCCAAUACAAGGAGUGUGCAGAGGCUCAGAGGGAUUCUGGCAUCGAUAAGAAUUUCCUCUUCGACAAUAGCGGGGCCGCGUGUAUACCCAAUAUAGUUCAGCUUACCAAUUCCGCGGCGAAGCAGGUUGUGCCCGGCUUGAACUUUGAAAGGAGUAGCGCUACAUUACCCGGCGGAUGGGUGAUGCCGUCGGCCAAUUGGGUCGCAAAGGCCAUCAUGGGAGAUGCAGACUUCGGCACUCCAUUCAAGAUGCACAGCGCGCAGCUCAAAACACGCACCCAGGCAGAUGGGUCCGAGUUUCCCAUCAACGUGAUGACAUACGGCUUCGGGCGUUCGGACGGCGUGUACGCUGGGACGCGGCUAACAAAGGCGCGCACGCAAGCCAACUUAGCCCUAUUGGUCGCCGAAGUCAAUGGAGACAAGGGAACAUGGUUCCGGCUGGCAAAUCCGGCAAUCGUCGUAAACAACAAGAGAAUGUCACAGGAAAAUAUUCGUAAUGCUGCCGGUGUCUUUAAUUACCUUGCAUUUGCACCACCUGGUGGCGAUGCCAUUUGGAACAAGUGGAUGCGCGUCUCUAAUUGGAUUGACCUAACGUGUUAUGUAUUCGACACGGAGUACCAAUAG